AUGAAUUGCUCACUUGGGUACGUGACAUUGGAAAGGAUAAAUGGCUUUGUUAUUAUUAUAAAGACGUCGGAUUAUGGUGGCGGUCGUAAGAGACCAAGAAUUUAUCUUGCUUGUGAGUGGAGUGGGAAGUAUAGAUUGCGUAAAAAGUUGAAAGAUGGCUCAAAAGACUUAUUGAGACAAAGUGGUAUGAAGAAGUGCAAAUGUCCAUUUGAUUUGAGGGCAUUCAAGUUGAAAACAAAUGAUGAAUGGACAUUGAAUGUAGUUUGCGGGCUGUAUAAUCAUCCAGCUACGGAGCAUCUCCAAGGACAUUCAUAUGCACGGAGAUUGUCAGCUAAUGAAAAGUCGCUAUUAGUAGAUAUGUUAAAGAGCCUAGUAAGACCAAAAGAGAUACUCAUUACACUCAAACAGAGGGAUGCCCUUAAUAUGAGCACAAUGAAGACAGUUUACAAUGUACGACAUCGAUGUAGGAUUCUACAGAAGGCUGGUAGAUCCCAAAUGCAACAACAGUUGGGUGAAUUAGCGAAACAUAAGUACAUUGAGUGUCAUCGAUGUGAGGAAGGCUCUAUGAUUGUCACGGACUUGUUUUGGGCACAUCUAGUGAGUUUGGAUUUGCUUCGUACAUUCCCUCGUAUGUUGAUUAUGGAUUGUACAUAUAAGACGAAUAGAUAUCGGCUUCCUCUUCUUGAAAUUGUGAAAGUGACAUCAACUCACAUGACAUUCUUUGUAGCUAUCGCAUAUUUGCAAACUGAGCGGGUUGAUAAUUAUGCAUGGGCGUUACAAACAUUGUGCGAUCUUAUGGACGAUAGUGUUUUACCUGAAGUCAUUGUUAGAGAUAAAGAGCUUGCUUUGAUGAAUGCCAUUGACAACACCUUUCUGAAUGCUCGACAUUUGUUAUGUCGUUGGCAUAUUAAUAAGAAUGUAUUGACAAAAUGCAAGAAAAUGUUUGAGACAAAAGAAAAAUGGGACGAGUUUAACUCUGCAUGGAACUAUUUGAUAUUGUCAUCGACUGAAAAGGAACACAAUGAUCACCUUGCAACACUACAUAAGGAUUUCAGUAACUGUUCGAAGGCAAUCAAGUAUGUUACUGUGAGUUGGUUGAAUCUGUAUCAAGAAAAAUUCAUUGCGAUACAUACAGACAUGUGUAUGCAUUUUGGCAAUGUUACAACCAAUCGGGUUGAGAGUGCUCAUGCUAAAUUGAAGAGGCAAUUAGGUUCAAGUCAAAUGACAUUUGAGAUUUCAUUUGAAAAAAUACAUUGUCUACUUGAGUUACAGCACAUUCAAGUUAAAGCAUCAUUCGAGAAGAGUUUGACAACUGUGCAACAUCAAUUCAAACCUUCUCAAUUUAGAGAGCUCCGGGGUAAUGUGUCUAUUUGUGCAUUGGAGCACGUGUUGGCAGAGAGUAAGAGAACAAAUUCGGUUGGAAUUGAUGUUGCAACAUGUGGGUGUGUUCUUAGGCGCACACAUGGUUUACCUUGUGCUCACGAGAUUGCAGAUUACAUGAGACAAGGCCGUCCUAUUCCACGCAGUAGCAUACAUGUACAUUGGACGCGACUUACUAUAUGUGUGCAUAAUCCGAAGGAACAGAAGUUGGAAUUGACUUGUAUCCUAGAACUUGAGUUGAUUUUGACGCGGUUCAAAGAGUCUGAUAUUGCUACGCAAUUGGAUAUGUUGAAGAAGUUUAGGGAAAUUGCAAAUCUAGCAAGCACUUUUGUUAUUGAGCCUGAUGUGAAACCUAAUCCACGUCGAGGACAUAAGAAACUUGAUAUAUCUUGUUGUCGUGACCCGUGUGCAUUUGAGCUGGUUGACGAUGGGCAUGAUAGCCAAAGCACAUUAGCUUUCAGUUAG